AUGCAAAACUCGUCCUCCACGACUUCUCUCGCAUCUUCAUCACUCUCAACGAUUGAAAAUGAAUUUGCUGAUAUUAUUCCACAUAUUAACCAGACAUUGAUCCGAAAUUUGAGCGAUAAACUGAAAGAUAAGAGAAAAUCGGGAGGAGAGGAAAUUGAGAGAUUGGUUUGUAAAUUAUUGCAAACUGUGGACUCGGAACAACCAACAACAACCACUCCUUCUGCGACCACAACAAUUGAUAAUUCAGAUCAAAAUCAGGAGGAAAAGUUGAGGAAAGGAGAGUUACUUGUUAAAAAGUUGAUCCGAUAUUUAACAGUACAACUCGUGGACUCUAUCCAACCUAACAUGAAAAAAGGAGGAUUAUGGGCUCUCGGAUCAUGUUCUGUGGCAUUGUACAAGGAUAUUGGAAAGUAUUUGGAUGAUUUGAUCCCUCCCAUUCUACGAUGCUUUGGAGAUCAAGACGCAAAAGUGAGAUUUCACGCUUCUGAAUCCAUGUAUAAUGUCGCUAAAAUUGCAAGAGGAAAAAUUAUUCCAAAUUAUUUUCACAUGAUAUUCGAUGGAUUGUGCAAGCUGAGUGGCGAUCCAGAUUCCACUGUCCAAAAUGCGAACGUAGUCUUGGACAGACUUGUAAAAGAUAUUGUCACAGAAGAUGAAAAUUUUAAUGUUGACCAAUUCAUUCCUGAGCUCAGUAAGCGCAUCAAUACCAAUGAUCCAUUCAUUAGACAAUUUUUAUUGAGCUGGAUUGUUAUUCUUGACUCAGUUCCAGAUAUUGACUUGCUAGAAUAUUUGCCUCAUUUUCUUUCUGGUAUAUUUGAUAUGCUCAGCGAUCCAAAUAGAGAAAUCAUCAAUCAAGCCAAGACGACGCUUGAGGAAUUUCUUUCAGAAAUUGAAUGUUCCUUCGACGCUAUAGAUUGUGGUCCACUGAUCAAAAUUCUGAUCACACAUUGUGAGAAUGUUCCUGGCAGUACCUUGGCCAAACAAAUUGCCAUAUUUUGGAUUUACAAAUUCUUGCAGUUCGACAAGAGAAAAGUCCUGCCCUAUCACGCUCAAAUUAUUGGUGCAAUUUUACAACACAUUUCAAGCAAUGAGCUUGAUUUGCGAAAUGCGAGCACAAAUGCCAAUAAUGAAAUCAUGCGCAUCAUUGAAGAUAAAUCAACUCCAGAUCAAAUGAUUUCAUUUAGUGAUGUGAUGAGAGUCAUCAAAACUGAGAUACAAAAACCAAACAUUCCCAACAGAAUUUGUGCAUUGAAAUGGUGUCACAUUUUACUCAACAAGAAUUUGGAUAGAGUGAUGAAACAUAUAGAAAUAAUUUUUGCACUCUUGUUAAAAUCAUUAUCUGAUCCAAACGAAGAUGUUGUCUCUCUAGAUUUACAAGUUCUAGCCAUCAUCUCCACGACUGAAGAAAACUUUCAAAAAUUUUUAAGAAGUUUGGUUCAAAUGUUCCAAAACGACAACAACUUGUUGGCAAAAGCUGGAUUUAUUUUCAGAAAACUCAGUGUCAUGUUGAACCCUGAAAAGAUUUUCAAGGAAUUGGCGAAUAUUUUACUCGAUACCAAACAAAGUAACGUAGAGUUUACGUCUACUCUGGUUCAAACCCUUAAUAUGAUACUAUUAACAAGCAAAGAACUAUUGGGGUUGAGGAACUCGAUUAAGAAGUGCAAAACCUCUCGAGAAGGUCAAAAAUUAUUUUUUGAUUUAUUCAGAAGUUGGUGCCACAAUUCUAUUGCAACACUCACUCUCUGUUUGCUUGCUAAUCAAUACGAGUUGGCAAGUUAUCUCGUUUCAAGCUUCUCUGAAGUGGAAGUCACUGUCGAAUUUUUAACCCAAAUUGACAACUUGAUUCAACUUUUAGAAUCACCCAUAUUUGUUGAUUUAAGAUUGCAAUUAUUGGAACCUCAGAAGCAUUCUUAUUUAUUGAAAACAUUAUAUGGCCUGCUAAUGUUAUUGCCUCAAAGCACAGCAUACAGCAAGCUAAGCAAACGUUUAGAAUGUGUCAAUACGUUAUGCAUGAUACAAACAGCAGGUCAACUAAAAGCUGAAACAGAAGAAAACAAAAACUCUGAAGAAAGUAUUGAAGAGCUUUUAAAACAUUUCAAAACAAUGCAAUCAAAGUUUAGAACCAUGAAUGAAUCGGAUUAA